CCAUAACAAUUCUCCAAGAUGCCUAUCGCUCCCAAGAGAAACAAUGGCCAGGAUCAAUCUCUCACGGUUCUGCUGCGCAAUAUUAUCAGCGAAUACCCCGCCGGCGGUGGUGUCCUUCGUGAGCUUUGUCAAAAUGCGGACGAUGCUGGUGCAGAUUCCAUCGAAUUUGUGCUCGAUACACGACAACACCCUACUGAGGGUCUUCUCCACGAGGACCUUGCGGAAUUUCAGGGAAUCUCCCUUCUCGCAUACAAUAACAAGCCUUUUUCCCAGAAAGAUUUCCAGUCCCUAAUGCGGAUUGGUGAUAGUGGAAAGGCUAAGGAUCUUACCUCCACCGGAAAGUUUGGCCGGGGAUUUAACAGUGUAAUUCCUAUCCCACCGAUGGCUUUCUUUCGCCCAACACUCACAACGUUAACAUGCUAAUUACGGGGGCUUUAGGUAUACAACUGGACUGACAAUCCAUCCAUACUCUCCGGAACCUCACUCUUAUUGCUUGACCCGCACAAGAAAUGGUCUUCGAAAAUUGGUUUCGCCGGGGGCCCGCUUUACGAUUUCGUUGACAGCCAUGAGGAGCCCGAGAUGAAGAAUCAACUUUCUGCAUUUGAUAGUAUUUUGAAAACCUACGAUACGACUUUCGAUGGGACCAUUAUCCGCCUACCAUUGAGGAGUGAAGCUCAGGCUAUAAGAAGCGAAAUCGUCGAGGAUCAUUUGUCGACUUCGCAAAAAGAUAUCGAAGAUGUCUUCCAAUUGUUUACAAACGAACUUGUGGAAUCUCUACUCUUCUUGCGCAAUUUGCGCUCAAUCACCUUGAGAAUUGAUGACACCGUCUUUGCCAGAGCUGAGUCCACCGUCCCGAGCGAGACGAAAAAUGACAGAGGAGAGAACCCCGUCAAUGAGGGUUACCGCCAGGUUCUCGUGGAACAAUCAAGAGAGCAUUACGAAUCGGACUUUAUGAUGGAAAUCAGCAUCCUUCGGAGCACCGAACCCGGCACAGAUCCUUCUGAAACUAAGGUCAGAUAUGCGAUAAGUCAUUAUCUACGGAAAUCGACAGGGGAUGGGAAUCUGCAGAAAUGGGCAAGGAACCACAAGCUAUUCCCUUGGGUGGCAAUUGCCAAUCCUUUAGACGUUUGUUCAUCCAGUUUUACGUAUAGUAUUUGGCCAAAACUAAUUUAACCCCCAGAAAACACCCGAUUUCGAUGGAAGGCUGUUCACUACUCUUCCUCUCCCAAUUCAGACGAAACACCCUGCCCACAUCCACGGAAUAUUCAGCAUUACCCCAGAUCGGUCCAAUAUCCAUUCCGGGGGUGACACCACCAUGAGCUCCAAUUCAGCAACUCGGUUGGGCGCUCAAUGGAAUGAGUGGUUGCUACAUGAGUGUGUGCCACAUGCUUGGGUCCGCAAUCUAGAGUUCAUGAGGAACGAGAACCUUUCUCCUGGUUGGGAUUUCUGGCCUGCAGGGAAACAGGGAGAGUGGGGCCAAUUGUGGAUGGGCAUUUUAGGGACGGUUUUUAAGAGGGUCGUCGAGGAUGGUCUCGAGCUAUUACCAACCUUGAGCGGAAUGGUAAAACCGGCCAAGGAGGUUGCAUUUACCCUUGAUAUUCCCGAAGACCUGCAUUCCUCCUUGAGAGAUGCCGGAGCUCGAGUCGUGUUCCCCCCGGCAGACAGAGGGACAGAAAUUGGUGCUCUAGAUCACAAACAAAUGGGCCUCGAAUACCUUUCGCCUUCUACCGCACGGCGCCAUUUGACGACCAUCAAAGACUCUGAUGCACUCCUGAAUCUCGAUAUCAAGUCCCGGAUGGUCCUGCUAGAUUAUAUUCUGUCUGAUUCCAGGUUUCAGGAUUUUAAGAGCUGUGAAGCCCCUCUAAUCCCUCUAUCAGAUGGUACUUUUCGGGGGUUGGAAAUGGCCAGGUCCCAGGGCGAUCGGAUAUUCAUAGCGAGAGACAGAACCGAAGAGGUCCUCUUUACAAAAUCACCAGAAAGAAUAGUGAAAAUAGGUGCUCUUCCCAAGAAAUCGCGGGCAAUACUCGUGAGACACAUCGCCGAGAUCGAAAAAUGCACUAGAAUCAAGGCGUGGACUGUUGGAGAUGCGGCUCAAUAUUGUUCUUCCUAUGAAUUCGAUGGAAUGGAAGAAUCGAAACCAGUGGUUAAAAUCGAUAAACCUGGGUUCAAUAGUUUCGUUGAGUUGUUCUGGGAGUGGGCUUCCAAGGCUCAGCACAGGGGAGUCGGAGGGUCUGCAUUGGUGAACGCAUUGAAGGAUCUAUGGCUUAUUCCUCUAGGAAGACAGAUGUUUCAGAGAAUUGGAAGUAUCUCCGAAUAUCCUGCCUUGAAUGUGUCGGCGGACAGGGGAAUUGGCUCAUUUCUAAAGCAAACUGAAUCUGCUCUCGCAAAUCGCUUCGUGCCUGAGAUAAUGUAUCUCCACACCGGGGAUGGCUUCCCACACGCUACAAAAACCCUCCAAGGGCUCGGGCUUAUCAAGGAUUAUGACGACCGGGCGUCCCUAAUGAAGUGGCUUGAGGUUACCAUGAAAGUUUUUGCUGAAAGAUUGGAUCAUGGUGAAAAAAUAGAAUUGGUGCGACGCCUCCUUGACCUGACGAAAUACUGUAAUGCUUCUGAACGAUCGUGCAUGGAACCAACAGUCCGGAAAUUGCCCAUAUUUCAGGAAGCAAACGGCUCGAGCACGAACGAACGGUCAGUUUGCCUCCUCGUUAGUUUUGAUAGUUGUGCUAAUAGAGUCAAGAAGUCCCUGGAUAUCAAUCACUAGCGAUGAUCCUAGUUCUCUUGCAACAUAUGUUGGGGUGGAACAUCUACCAAUCACACUAGAUACACCUCAACACACUUUCAUCGACAUCCGAAAUCCAGAGCUCAAAGAACUCGUAUCCCACCUGCAGUUAUUCAGGUUCCCCUCUAUUUCUGAGAUACUCGAAGAUCAUGUUGUUCCAAGGAUCUCGGAAACUGGUACACCCAACGAUAAAAGGAGAAUGGAAUUGAUAAAAUUUGCGUUGAGUCGUUUCGAGUUUCUAUCGGAUGAAGCUUGUUCUGCGCUUUCUUCGAAGGAGAUCGCCCCCGUAAGCGGCGAGAAGCUUAGGCGCCCCAAGGAUACGGUCUCGGGAAAACACGUGACUGCACUCUAUUUCGAAGAUGAGGAGCGGUCUCCAAUCAAAAGCUUUGAUGACGCUUAUCAUCCUGCACUUGUUCGUUUGGGAAUGCCGGGGGGUAUAACCGAUGAGAUUAUAUUGGAAAGAAUUCAUGCCUACAGCAGCUCUGGGCGCCCGCAUCGCGAUAUUAGUAAUAAAGUAUCCUUAUUGUUCUACCGCGGCAAACCACCCCGCCAGCCACCCAGUAAGGAGUGCAUGGAAUUGUGUUGGAUCCCGGCAAUAAGCUUAGAAGGGGAACUUGGGUUGUUCAGUGCUCUCCAAUGUCGAUCUCCAAGUUUUCGAUCUUUGUGCAGUUAUUCCGUGCCAAUUGUGGACUUCGUCAUCAGACCGGCAUGGGAAAAAUGGUUGGGAUGGGACGGCAAGCUCACCGUGGAACUAAUGAAUAAACAAUUAGAAGGGGCAAUAAAGAAAAAUGACCGUUCCUCGUUAGCGAGCCUAGUCGAAUAUUGGAGUAAGAUCUACGAGUUUGCCUGGGGCACUUCAACAGUAGACGAAGAACUGAAGUUGAACAGCCGGAAAUGGAUCCCUGGCUCAUCGGGAGAGUUCUUUUCUCUAACCGAAAUUUUCUUUACCGGAGCCACGCAGCUUCCUCCUUACCAUGAUGAUGUUUGCAAAGGGUUCCUAGACGCAAGGCAAGGAAUCAAACAAUUUCUUACUCGUGUGGGGGUUAAGCAAGCGCCUACAUUUGAACAGGUAAUUCAUAUCCCCCCCCACCCGGUUUUGGGUGUGCGAAAUGAGUGGCUCUUUGCUGACUCAAGGGUCCCAGUUGAAAGAGCUACAAGACAGAAUUACGAUCGAGGGACCCCUUUCAAAGCAGGAUCUAGAGGUAGCGCUUUAUAUCGUGGAACAAGUCGCGAAGCGACAUAAUAGUAAGAAGGGCCAGGAUUUAAUAUCAGGUUUCAAGGCUCCCGAUCAGGAUGGGGUUAUGCGCACGUUUUCGGAGCUCACCGCGGGUGGUAGUGACAUACCUCUUUCCCUGGAAAAUAGGUCAACACUGCACCCGAGAAUCUCGGAAUCAACAAUAAAGAAACUUGGAUUACCUACCGCGGAAGAUAGGAUUCUCGCAUCUUUCAACGACCCAUGCUUCGAGCAAGACUUCUCCCAAACACAGAGCCCCAAGGCCGUGAUCCGAGAUACCUUACAACGGUACAGUGUGGAAAGCACGUUCAGCGAGUACUUGGCCAACGCGGAGGAUUGCAUGGAUGAAGAGGGCAAAACUGCAACCCGAAUCGAUUGGAUGAUUGACCACUCCACUGAAUACCCAACAGAGAAAUUGAUAACUCAGGAUCUCGGGGCCGUUCAAGGGAAAGCUCUAUUUUGCUACAAUGAUGGUGGUGGGUUCCAAAAUGGGGGCGGCGUUUGUCCAGACAUUAAAGCAUAAUACUAAUAGCUGCCUAGUGUUUACCGACGAGGACUUUAAGUCCAUCAUUGAUGUUGGUAUUGGAUCGAAGGGCCUUGACUACUCUAAGAUUGGCAAAUUCGGAAAAGGGGCUUUAACUAUGUAAGAUUAUGGUCUGAUCGUAAAAAUACUUACGCUCAUAUUACUUUGUUGUCACUAGGUAUCAUUGGACAUCCGCACCCAGCUUUGUUUCUGGGGAUUUCUACGUGAUAUUCGAGUACGUAACAAGGUCCGCCAGUUCAUUCACAGACGCUGAUAUUUAAAGUCCCGAGAAUUGUUUUCUGCCGCCGCGUCCCCUCACGGGCAAGCCACGCGGCGGAUUAAAGUUUAGAAUUCGAGAUGUUCAGGCCCAUUGUAAGUCCUGUCAAUCUAAAAUUAUCUAAAACCGCCUUUCGACGUCUAGUACUGACAUAAAUAAGAUCCGGAUCAAUUGAAACCUUUUGAAGGAGUAUUCGACUUUUCCGCAGCUUCUCCUAGAUUUGAAGGAACAAUCUUCAGAUUCCCAUUUCGCGGACUUACGGAUAAAUCCGCGUUAUCUUCAAGGAACGUCACCUCAAUGGAGACAACCUCCUAUCUCGAUAGUUACAAAGAGAGGGCGAGGAUAUCACUCAUAUUUCUCAAGCAUGUCUCAUCCAUAUCCUAUUGGCAAAAGGGGCUCAAGGAACCCAUCUGGACAGUCUCAGCAUCAUCAAAGCCGCUGCGGGCAAUUAGAUCCACCAGGAUAAACGAGGUGGAAAUCACCGUGAAAAGCUUUGGACGAAUACAGUUCCUCGGGGGCUUGGGUCCUGUAGUGAAUGACAAAUGGUGGACAAUCGAGGGGUCCACCGAAGAGCAACAUAUCCCAGCGGAGUUACGUGAGAUGGCUGAAUACAAUAGACUUAGAGCCACAUACGGACUUGCGGUUCCAGAUCGCAUCAAGGCCACCUGUUGUUUUAUGGAACUUCCCCUGCAAACGAAAUGUCCCCUAUCCCUCCCAGUUAGCAUUAAUGCGGUAAGUCGGGGGACCCUCAUACUCCCGGGUUAGGAGGAUCAAGUGCUAAUUCGCACUUGAAACAUGUUCUAGAAUAUGGCAUUGCAGAGCGACAGACAAACACCCAUAUCGGAAGAGAAAAAUGGACCCCACGAGGGCUUCAAAUGGAAUAAUUGGAUUUUCAAAGAGGGUAUAGUACCUCUCUAUCUCCUGUUCCUACGACACCUCAUGAAGCUUCAUGGAACAAGUGGCUACCGUUUUUGGCCGGCCCCACCCUCUGAGCUCAAAAAUUCCGACCACGUAUCCUUGACUAUCUCAACCGAAUUUUGGAAAAAGGCGGGUGAAAGCUCUUUUGAUCUAUACCCUCAAAUACCACCUCCUAUUUCUACGCCACAGAGAAGCAAACUACAGACAGAUGAAAACCUCAGCAUCAGGAAAGCUAUUUUCAACUUUCUGGGCAAAGAACAGAGCCAAUUUAUAGUACCGCUCCUUAUGCAACUUAGUAUUACGAAUAUAGUAACACCUCCUCCUAUUGUUGCUAAGGGAUUGUCGAAUGCUACUAUAGACGGAGCAUCGCUGUUGUUGGUGACUCCGGCGUAUGUUCGGGAUUUGCUCCGCAACCCAACGCGAUGCAAGCUACUCCAAGACGACUGGAAUAAAAGCCCAGGGAGCCUGGCAAGCAACAUCAACAAGCUACUGUCCUUCUUCUUGCAAGAUACAUCAGAGGAUUGCUUGACCGGAUGCUCACUUCUACUGCUCGACGAUGGGUCCUGGGGGACCUUUUCACGAAAGUCAACUUCCAAGUUCCAGUACUUUACCUCUAGAACUCCUUUAGAGCGUAGCAUCCUGGAGGUCACAGACGGGAGGCUAGUUUCUAAAGAUCUUGAGGGAUCUGUGGUUUGUGGAUUGUUAGGGAGGGAGAUGAAUAUUUCCCAACUAACCUUCGAUCAUAUAGCCCAGCUAUGUGGGCUGGUGGAGUCAAAAGAUCCUCAAUACAGAAAAGACUGGCUUGUCAACGUGUGGGAAUAUUUUGAACAGUGUGUCAUCAAAGAUCCCGCCAACAAGGAUCGAUAUCUCAAAUCCAUCGAAUCAUUACCGGUAUAUUCUGGGUCAGUCGUGGGUGAACCAGGUGGUCUGCGGUUUCUUACUCCUUUGAAUUUUGUUUCUGGAAACCUUCCAGCGAUCGUCGAUCCCUUCACUUCCUCCCUGGAAGGGGGAAUAUCAACACUUCUCCGAUCACUAAAUGGCUUAAUAUUAAUAAGUAAAGCCACAUUUCCCACGACACAAGCGUUCGCCGAGUCGGUAUACUCGUUACAAGGUGCCCGUCGCCUUAUCAAGGCUAUCGGCUCCCUACCCUUUACGGUACCUGCGAUCCAUUCAUUAAGUCAGGUCUUUUCGGGUGCAUCCCGGGAAGGCAAUGAGGUAGUUAUCUCCAAGACCCAUCGUUCAACCUCGAUUGUCUCUAACACAUAUUAGGCUCUGAGCAAUCUUAUCCUCCCUCAUAUCUCAGAUAUCCUGGGUGGAGACCACUCAGCGGUGGGCACACUGAAGCAGCUUCCGAUAUGGCCUGUUCUCUCGGGGUCUUUCCAGUCCGCAGAAAAGCUAAAACUGGCUCCCCAUAUAAACCUGACUCUGACAACAAUGAUAGACCAAACCACCUUUUUGAGAGUCGAUCUAGCUUCCAAAUAUAAGGAUGUACUAAAGAAAUUAGGUGUUCCCCAGCUGUCCUACCAGGAUUUCCUGAACAAUGAGGUUGGCUUGGCUCGCGGGUACCUACCCGCCGAAAAUAUUGGCGUGUACCAAAGGUUUAUCGAGAUGGUUUAUAAGGUGAACCCCGGCAUAUUUCAAACCUGCAACCUGGCUGUGAACGGAGAUUACCGCUUUUGUUUACCAAAUACCCUUUACGACUCUUCGGUACAUUUGUUCCAGGCAGCGUUCCGGGACCAACGGAACUCAAGAUUCCUGCACCCCACAUUAUCCGCGUCGCGUUUUUGGAGAGACUUCCUGAUCGUGAAUAUUUCGGGGCCAACAUUUAUCGAGUGCGCUCGGUCGAUUGAGCGCCGAAAUAGCCGACCAAAUCCGGACGACCAAGUCGAAUCUGAUUCGCAUGUUGUGUUCGGCCACUUGUGCUGGGACUACCAAGAGAUGCACUCUUGGUCUAUAUGGAAGACUCUCCUCGAAAUACGCUUUGCUCCAAUUCAACAGCCCACCGCGUCGCCGGUCCAGUCAAAAUUAAGAACGAUGCAGAGAGAGAAAUUCAGGCAGCCGAAUAAGCUCAUAGCUAUUUCAGAGGCUGUGGACCCAAAGUAUGAGGGGAUCUCAUGGGGCCAAAAGCCAGUGCUUUGGAGAGAGCUGGGUUCACUGGCUUUUAGGAAGAUAACGUCGGUGAAACCAAUGAUUACACCAAAGACAGUGAUAGGCCAGCUCGAAUUCCUUGCAUCACACCGCGAGGAAAUAACGAGAGAAGAGCUUCCAACAUGCAUCUCUGAAAUUAAGAAGGCCUACGAAUACCUUGAGGAAGAGAUACUCAGAUGCCCUAUCCAAGAGAGCGCGCUAAUAUGGCUCAAUAUCGAGAACGAAGACCUAGGGAGGAUAACUCUAGAAACCUUCCGAAAAUCCUGGUCGUGCUCAAGGAAUCUUUGCUUAAAUAUCAAGUACGACUCCGGGGAGAUCAAGCGUGUCCGCUCCUUCCUAGGCCGCUUCCACCAGCUCUUACUCCAUGCCAAC